CUAGUCAUUCUUUGGGGAUCUCGAAAUGAUAUCAGUCCCUAGUCGGUGCUGAUGGCGUGUUGAGUUGGAGACGCUAGCCAGUUCCAUUCAUGUUGUUGUAUUUUCUGGAAAUUUCCAAACGAGAAUGAAAGGAAGAGGUCGCGAGGUACUGAUAGUACCAACAGUGAUUGUACUUUUGGAGUUGAUUUUGUUAUCCUCUGGGUUUGAGUAUAAUCGAGUGCCGGAUCUAGUUAAAGUUCGAAGACGAGCUGAUGCUGGAGAUGCUGAAUUCAUUGCUCUGGACUUUAUAGGACUGGUUGAGGAGCAAGGACGUGUAGCUGAGCGUCACAACGUCACUACCGAAGACGGCUACAUCCUGGGGUUGUACCGACUGCCCCCGAACCCCAAAUCUCCGAAAAAUGUCGGUAGAAAUCGAGCCAUCUUCUUGCACCAUGGACUGGCAGCCUCGGCCGACUGCUUCGUGAUAUUCGGAAAGGAAAGGAGUCUCGCACACAUACUCUCCAACGCUGGAUAUGACGUGUGGCUGGGGAACGUCAGAGGAGGUACUUACAGCCGAAAUCAUACGACCCUCAAACCCACCGACGCUGAUUUUUGGGACUUUAGCCUUGAUGACUAUGGUCUCCGGGACGUCCCCGCGAUGAUUGAUUACGUCUUGGAAACCACUGGAGAGUCGACUCUGUCCUACAUUGGCCAUUCCCUUGGAACCACAAGUAUCCUGAUGCUGUUGUCGAUGAAGCCAGAGUACAACAAGAAGAUCGAUUUGAUAUUUCACUUUGCACCAAUGGGUUACUGGGUUGCCCAGUCUCCAAUGAGGCUCAUCCUCACUACCGCUGGCCAAUUUAUGCAGAAUCUUCUUGAUCCAAGGGGAGCGACUGAAUUAACUCCUCAGAGUUCUAUGCUCACUGCACUCUUCAAACGAAUUUGUUUGCCUAAUAAUAUUUUAGAUUUGUGUUAUCUGCCUUUGGACAUCUUGCUGGGCGCCAGCAAUCCAGCACAAGUCAAUAAAGUGUCUCUCAUUGAUUAUUUAAAUUACUAUCCUGCUGGAGCAUCUGCCAAGACGUUUUAUCAGUACCGUCAACACGGGCAGAGUGGAAAAUUUCAACAAUACGAUUACGAAAAUCCAGAAUUGAAUCUCAAGCAUUACGGUCAAACAACACCGCCUCUCUACAACACUCGGAACAUUAUGGUACCGUCAGUGAUAUUUCGCGCUCCAAAUGAUCCGCUCUCGACAGUAGCUGACAUCAGAGGACUGAUAUCUCACCUACCCCGUAACAUUUCACUUCUCUACGAGGUGGUUCCCUACAGAGACUUCAAUCACCUGGACUUUGUGACCGCCAAAGACGUCAAGACUCUAGUCUACGACAGAUUGAUGCAGAUUCUCACUGGAUUCCACAAAAAUAAAUACAAUUUUGAUGAUAGAAAUGAGAUCAAUUGAUGAGGCAACCAAAAUUACUCAACAAUUCCGAGUAUACGGAGUAAGUAAUAUAUAAAUAAAUAAAAGAAAACCACUGUAUUCUCGCCAAUAAAACGACAAAUCAUGCGACAAAAAAUUAAAA